CUUGAAUGGAGAUCAACGUCUGCUGUAGCCCGGGCGCUGAGCUCUACCUGUCGGGUUGCCCCCCGGUUGCUUGUUGUGGUCGUUGGGCCUGGGCUGCUCGCGCAUUGGGGUCUGAUGGGUCUGCUAGGAGGCAGCCAGGCACGGGCACAUCUGUCGCGUUGCGCCGCUGUGUGUGGCAUGUGCAACAACAGGCGGGGCCCCGGUGGAGGUGUUUCCUUCGAAGGUAGAGGCAUGAAGGCCCCCGCGACGAGAGCCCCGGGGACCCUUUCUGCCGGCAUGCAAGAGGGGUGGCAGUUUCUAUUUUGGGGAAUUAUGUAUUUCUUACGCAGGGCCGCGGGGGGCGCAGGCACUGGAAUUCGGGUUCUUUGA